AUGUGGUGUCUGUUUUCACGAAGCCGGACAGCUUUCUUGAGAUUCUGCAAUGUCUCAGUUUUUAUUGUGAUAAACUUUUAAAUUUCAAAGUCAAUUCAAUAGAAAAGGGGAAACGACUAUUUAAUGCAACCAUACUGAGAUGCAGAUCCGAGUGAAAGUUUCAGCUUUGUGAAUAAUGUCGGGCUGGAGAAACAACUACUUAAGAGCUUUAGUUUUACAGCGAUAAAGGUUAUUAAUAAUGAUCUUGUAUUUGCUUUGCAAUAAUCUUUUUAAGCGUGGUCUGAAACACGGCAAGAAAAAUGAAGUAUAUGCGCAAAUGUGCAGAUCUAAAACAUCUGCACCGAAAAACUUCUGCGAUUACGAGAGCAUGAGAAGCACUUACAAGAUACAGGUUCCUCAGCGGUUUAACUUUGCCAAAGAUGUGCUGGAGCAGUGGGAAACCAAAGAAAAGAGUGGACAAAGGUCGUCUCUUCCAGCUCUGUGGUGGGUAAAUGACCACGGGACAGAGGUCAGAUGGAGUUUUGAGGAGUUGGGCUUCCACGCUAGAAAACUUGCAAACGUCCUGCAUCAGGUGUGCAGUUUGGAAAGGGGGGAUCGUGUGUUCCUCAUCUUACCCAGAGUUCCUGAGUGGUGGCUGGUUAAUGUGGCAUGUAUAAGAACAGGUACAGUUUUGAUUCCUGGCACUUCUCAGCUCACAGCUCGAGAUAUGCGUCACAGACUGAUAACGUCUGGGGCCAAGUGUGUGAUCACAGAUGAAACACUGGCUCCACUGUUGGACACUGUAGCCUCAGACUGCCCUUCCAUCUCCACCAAGCUUCUGCUGUCCCACAAGGCCAUGGACGGCUGGGGCAACCUGACUGAGCUCAUGGGAACAGUGUCAGAUGACCAUGUUUGCGUGGACACCAGCAGUGAGGAGCCCAUGACAAUCUUCUUCACCAGCGGCACAACGGGCUCACCAAAAAUGACCCAACACAGCCACUGUAGUUAUGGCUUGGGGCUCACAGUGAACGGCAGGUACUGGCUGGAUUUGACUGAGCAGGAUGUAUUCUGGAACACCUCAGACACGGGCUGGGCGAAAUCAGCAUGGAGCAGCGUGUUUGCUCCAUGGAUUCAAGGAGCUUGUGUGUUUGCUCACCACAUGCCACGCUUCGAUACAAGCACAGUUCUCAAGACUCUGAGCAACUAUCCCAUCACCACCUUCUGCACGGCACCGACCGCCUAUCGAAUGCUUGUACAGGAUGACUUAUCGAAGUAUAAAUUCCAGUCUCUUGAACACUGUCUGUGCGCCGGAGAGCCCAUUAACCCAGAGGUGAUGUGCAAAUGGAAAGAGCUCACUGGACUGGACAUCUAUGAGGGAUACGGACAGACUGAGACUGUUUUAAUAGCGGGUACAUUCAAAGGCAUGAAGAUCAAACCAGGAUCUUUUGGAAAAGCUUCACCAGGAUAUGACGUGCAGGUGGUGGAUGAAAACGGCUCUAUUGUGCCACAAGGACAAGAGGGAGACCUUGGCAUCAUAGUGAAACCAGAGAGACCCUUCUCUCUUUUUACAGAGUAUACGGGGGAGCCAGAGCGCACGGCAGAAUGUUUCCGUGGCGAUUUCUACCUGACAGGUGACCGGGGAAUGAUGGACGCCGAAGGAUACCUGUGGUUCAUCGGCAGAUCUGAUGAUGUCAUCCUGUCAGCAGGGUACCGUAUUGGUCCAUUUGAGGUGGAAAAUGCCCUGAUAGAGCAUCCAGCUGUAGCUGAAUCAGCUGUAGUCAGCAGCCCUGAUCCGGUUCGAGGAGAGGUGGUGAAGGCUUUUGUUGUGCUGACAGCAGAUUUUAAAUCAAGAGCCCGUAAGGAACUGAUCAAGGAACUGCAAACACAUGUAAAGAGCGUCACAGCUCCCUACAAAUAUCCACGCAAGAUUGAGUUUGUGGAUCAGCUGCCCAAGACAGUAAGUGGGAAAAUAAGACGAGUGGAGUUGAGAAAGAAGGAAUGGGGACAGCCAACGAGCUAAAACUGGAACUGAGAAAUCAAAUGUAAAAAUGGCAUUCCACCUCCUCACAUACUACAUUCCCAAAUGUCUUCCCACAUUUUUGGAGAUGCAUCAUAAAGAGAUAAAUAUGAAACGAUUUUCAGUAUCUCAGCUCGCCAGCAGAUAGCAGCACUUCAUUAUGUCUUUCUUCAUUUACCAUAUAUUUUAAUAGCUUUUAAUUCUACGACCCUAUGCAUAAUUCAUGUUUAAAUGGAGUAACAUGAAAGUUAGAUUUUGUAGCCUUUGUCUAAAUGUAUGAUACACGUUUUUCUUCAUAUUCUGCUGCACAUGCAAAACAAAAUGUGAAUCAUUUGAUAACAAGAGUAAGCAUUUAUCACCAUAUUGUUUAGAAUGAACAGUUUUUAUGUGUGUGAUUUUUACAAGAGAUAAACUUUGAUUCAUCA